AUGAAAGACGUAACACAUAAGUUUAAGGACAUUAAAGGAGAUGACGGCAGCGUAUACUCAUACAACCCGUGCUAUCCUUUCUCCGAGGGCGGUUGUGAACAAGUCGCGGCUUGCCAGACUAACACUAUCGAGCAGUCGAGUGACAUUGGCGACCAGCAGACGGCGCAGUUUGGCGCGGGAGAUUCCGGUCUGGAAGUUGGAUACACGGCGGGUCGCGGACUGCUCACCACCACAACAGUCCAACUAGAAUGUGACAUACAUGCAUGCACACCCAUAAUGACUGCGCAGGGCGGCGGUGCUUCUGGACUUAGAUCAUAUACGCUGACAUUGAAGACGGUGUGCGCAUGUCCGGGGGCGUGUAACGAGGCCGGGCCGCUGAAGCCUUGUACAGGAGGAGGAGGGGGAGGAGGAGGGAUUAGUGGCGGAGUGGUGUUUCUCAUCAUAUUUUCUUGCCUGUUGCUCAUCUACAUCAUCGGCGGUGUUUCAUUCAUGAAAUUCGUGCGCCGCGCCGAGGGGAAGGAACUCUUGCCAAACUACGGAUUUUGGUCCAACCUGCCUGGAUACAUAAAGAGUGGAACGCUAUUCGUCAUUAGUCCAUGUAGGAAGAAAUCUGCGUCGUACAACUCCAUAUAACAGCAUACGGCGAGUGAACGCUUGACCGGCACAGGCUAAUCUGGGAAGACACUUUACGCACAUGCAAAACGCUACGUUUUCACAGAACGGUGCUCAUAUCAACAGAAGUUUCAUCAAGUGUCAUGUCAUCAAGAGUCGCGUAGAAACAUUCAAUGCGUUUUUCGUUAGUUUAAUGCCUGAUAUGUGAUUGUUUGUAUAUAUUGAACAUUUUUUGUUGAUUAUACAUUUAAAUUACCGGUAUAUAUUUUGUCAAAGAAUCGUUAUACUACUAUUGAAUUCUGCAAAGGGGUAUAUUUAAAGGGAUCUUUUCACGCUUUGGUAAAUUGAAAAAAUUGAAAAAAUUUGUUUCAGAUUCGCAAAUUUUCGUUUUAGUUAUGAUAUUUGUGAGGAAACAGUAAUACUGAACAUUUACCAUGGUCUAAUAUAGCAUUUUUAUGCAUCUUUUGACGAUUUUAAAACCUAAAAAUUAUAAAGCGUUGCAACGCGAAACGAUUGAAUAAUUUGGAGAGUUCUGUUUUUGUCGUUAAAUUUUGUGAAACUACGAAGAUUGCUUAUAUAAGGUAUAAAAUACUUAAACUGUGGAUACUCGGCGGAAUAGCUCAGUAGGCUAAAGCGUUUUUACUUCAGGACUCUGGCAGGCCUCCAGGGGUCACUGGUUCGAAAUCUGGUCCGGGCAAUCUUCUUUUCCUUUUUUUAAUUUUAUUCUUGAUUUUUUACUUGUGCUUUUACGAUCCAAUGUUUACAUUUAUCGAUAUAAAGCAUUUAAUGAAUAAGUUAAAAAAUGCCAAAAUCUGUGAAAAGGCCCCUUUAAUAAUGCGAUGAGAACGAUGCUAACUGAUGAUAGCCGAUGAUAACCGAGGAUAACUGAAGGUUAACGAUGAUAGCCGAUAAUAACUGAAGGUAACCGAUGAUAAACGAAGCAAUGGAAGUACUCUUCAGAGAGAGGGGCAUUAUUAUAUUUUUGAUUGCGUUAUUAUUACAACGAGCAAGCAUUUUGUAAUUUGUUAAAUACAUUUUAAUAACCACAUACCGGUAAUAGCAGAAUUUUCGAUAAAAUAACCGUUACCAUGGCGA